GUUGCCUGACAGUGGUAAACAGACGUCAGAAGGGAGUCUUCGCCUCGAGUCAAAACAAAACAAAACAAGUCGAAAAGAUCCCGAAGGAGUGAAUAUUUGUACAGACACAACGACAAGAAGUUUUACAAAAGUCAGCGCGGACCAGAAACGGCAACUUGGAGGAAGUUAUCGGAGGCUUUUCGCGGACUUUUCCACGGAUUGUAAACUCUGGAGUAGCAGGAGCUUAAGCGGCUAACGUUACGGAGGCUAUUUGCUGUUUUCAAAGUGCGGCGAGUGGGAGCCGACAGAACUGCGGGCGACCCCAGCUUCACCCAGCGUCCUAGAAGAAUCUGCGAGGCUUGGUUGGCGACACUACGGAACGAGGGUCGGCUGAGUCCCGAGCUGCGGUCGAGGGGACUUUUUAAAACCCGCUUAUUCGAGCAUCGUGUGCCGCGGCAGGAGUGUGGGGAAACAUGGCAGAUGGCGACAUGCGCCCGACCGCACUGUGGCGGACCGUGCAGACCUGAGGCGCGGACUUCUCUUUCCAUAUUUCUAUCAUCUCUCUACUUUCAUAAACGGGCCCGAAAGCGCCAUCACUGACAUCUUUUCCUCGCUGGAAGUUUGUUUUUCACCGCGGAAGCCAAACAGAGGCGUCUACCAGCGUCUCGGGGCAGUUGUUGAAACAAACCGCCGACUCCGAUGAUCAGCCGCUGCGCAUCCUCACGUUGAGUAAACCGCACCGGUUAAUGACUGUCUGUGGGACUUCUUUUUUUUUUUUUAUUAAAUAAACUUUGUCUUCCUUCUUUUUUGGUCUUGUGGGGAGCUCAGACAGCCCGUUGUUUACAAGAACAGUCAGAAAGCUCCUUUGUAACCGCAGCCAACUAAUCCCCACAUGCAGACCGCAUAGUUUCACAUUAAAACUUCACUUGUAUCCCCGGCUCAAACUUACCUUUUAAACUUUAAAUGUUUUAAGUUGAACACGUCUCUGUGGUUGAGUGGAAGUUCAGAGGACCGCCAUGGAGGAGUCGCCGGUGCCCGCGAUUGACCCAGAUUUUGAGCCGCAGAGCAGACCUCGCUCCUGCACGUGGCCGCUGCCGAGGCCCGACAUCUCUGCUGUCAAGCCGGAGGGGGCGGACGGUACCGAGUCCGCCGCCGGGACUCCGCCUGCCGACGAGGACAAGCCGGAGCCGCAGCAAAUCGCGUCCGAGCCCGAGAAAGCAGCGGUGACGGCGGUGGAGGGUGGCGUCGUGGGCGGAGCCGGAGCGACACCGCGCAAAGGAUCCUCCCGGCGCAACGCGUGGGGCAACCAGAGCUAUGCAGACCUGAUCAGCCAGGCCAUCGAGAAUUCACCUGAGAAGAGGCUGACUCUGGCGCAGAUCUAUGAAUGGAUGGUGAAAACAGUGCCUUACUUCAGAGACAAAGGAGACAGCAACAGCUCUGCAGGCUGGAAGAAUUCAAUUCGCCACAACUUAUCACUCCACAACAAGUUCCUGAGGGUACACAAUGAGUCGACUGGAAAGAGCUCCUGGUGGAUGCUCAACCCAGAAGGAGGGAAGACUGGCAAAGCGCCCCGCCGCCGGGCUGCCUCCAUGGACAACAGCAGUAAGCUGCUGAAGAGCCGCAUGAGGGCCAAGCAGACCAAGAAGCAGGCAGGAGCGGCCGGCCUGGGAGGCACAGGAGGGGUGCUGCAGGUUGACAGCAAUGCAGGUUCAGCGGGCGCAGACAGCCCUAACUCGUCCCAGCAGUUCUCCAAAUGGGGGGUGAACAGCAGCAGCCCCUCGUCUCGUGGCAGCCUGGAUGAUACGGACAUGUGGACCACCUUCCGCCCGCGUACAAGCUCUAAUGCCAGCACCUUGAGCGGACGUCUGUCCCCCAUUGCUCCCGGCCAGGAGGAUGAUGACAACCUGCCCGAUGAUGGACUGCUGGGACGAUAUGCUGCCAGCAGCUUGACCCCUACUCUCACCGAGACCCUCAUGGAAGAGCUGGACCUGAUUGAUGGCCUCACUCUGAUGACCGGACAGCAGGGAGGGGCCAGUCCCAGCACAGCCCCACCAGCACCUCCCACUCCGCUGCCCUCUGCCUCCACUCUGCUGCCUCGAGGCUCCAGCUUCCCCUCCUUCCAUCAACUGCAGUCAUCCAGCCUCCCUCAGGCCCCCACCCACACCGCCGCCACAACCUCUGUGUCUCCCUGUGGACCCAGCAGCAAAGAACCGACAACCUUCAGCAGCUCCCUCUUCAACCCCAUGUCCACGUCCAGCUCUCGUGGGAGCAGCCAUUACAGCACCCAUGUACCCUCCAGCCUCGAGGCGCUGCUCACCUCUGAUUCCCCUCCUCCCAGUGAUGUCCUGAUGGCACAAGUGGAGCCCAUCAUGCCAAAUCCUGGAGGGGUGGGCAUGAUUGGUUUGGGCACAUCUGUUGCAGGAGUAAGGUUGGGUAAGGGGCUGGAGCCGAACACCGUGGCACCCAUUGGGCUGCAGGCUCAGAUGCAGCCUCAGCAGCAUCACCUUCACCACCAGCAGCAGCCGCCACCUCCACAGCAGCAACACCAGCAUCACUCUCAGAUGGGGUUGGGGAUGAUCCUCUCAGGUAUGUCUCAGGACCUGUCACAGCUCUCUGCCCUCAAAGGCCAGCACGCCACAGUACCAGCCGUAGGCUCGCAACAUGCGGGGCCCAUCGCUGUGGCAAAUCCCACCGCCAACCUACCAGGGUUGAGUCAGUUCGGAGUUCCGCCCUGCUUCCCCACCAGUCAGGACCGGCUCCCUACAGACUUGGACAUAGAUAUGUUCACUGAAAACCUGGAUUGCGAUGUGGACUACAUAAUCAACAGUGACCUCAUGGAUGGAGAUGGCCUCGAUUUCAACUUUGACCCCAUGCUGCCUGGAGGCCAAGGGUACCCGGGGCCAGCUAGCACGCAGGGCUCUGCUCACAACUGGGUGCCCAGCUAAUUGCUCAGCUGACCACAUGGAGUUAGCCAGGAAACUAAUCUCCAAUCAAGAUAACCUCACGCAGCCACCAGUGCAUCCCUCCUCCCUGCUGGCCGAAGAUACUUUUCUUCAAGCGUGACAUUUCUCUUGGACUUUACAAACCAAGACCUCAUUCAUGUCACGUGCCAAGACAUGCAGAGGAUGGGGAGGAGAUUCAGGCUACUAUGCACAACUUUGUGUUUUUUUGUUUGUUUGUUUUUUGUAAAAUAACACUCGGCAACAAUUUGGCUGCUAGCCUUUUCUUGUUUUGUUUUGUUUUCUUUCACUGCAAGAUGAUUUUUAAGGAUGUGUGACUUGAUGUUUUUUAGAUUGAAAAGACAAAUUACCCCCCACCCCCCCACCCCCCACUAGGCUGGGAGUUUGUACUUUAGUUAUGUUAUACCACAAUAGCUUUAGGGCAGAUAUGGUACUCUGGAUCUUAAAGGCGCUGGUUUGACAGACUCGAUGGAUUGUGUUUUUUAAAGAAAUGGCCAGUUUUCCUGCUCGGCGUGAAUUGCCAGAUCAAAUGGUCGUCUGAAUGAGGUACACUUGCUCUGCUGCACCGACCUUGAGAGAUAAAGAGAACGAGAGAGAGAGGACUGUUGUGAGCAGGUGGAAGGUAAAGACAGGACAAGUGGAGGCGUAAAACGUGUGGCCACACAUCUAGCCCGGAUUAAAUGUACGAUUUUAAAUUUAUCACUUUAGAGAAAAGAGUUGAGAGGGUAUGUAUUUGCAGUUUGGCAUUUUUUUUUUUUUUACUUCAAUCCAGUGUGUUAUGGUUGAUGUAAGAUAGAGGGUGUUUUUGUUGUUGUUUUUGUUUUUUUAAAUCUGUGAUGUGCAGUUAAACUAACAAAAUGAAGAAAUGGGAUUUGUGAAUUUACACAUGGGGCAUUCAAGGGUAAAUCCAUAUGCUAAUGAGUGAUUGGUUGGCCAAGUAUUACAUUGUCCUAGACAGCUGACAUGCCUCCACUGUCCAACCUGACUUCUUCCUUCAUUUCCCUCAAGCCUGUGCAUUUUCAAAGCACUUAGGUUUCCUGCAACACAGGGACCCCAAACUAAAAGAUGCAUCCACAUUAGGUUGUACCAUUUCAAAAGAAGAGUUUAUAAUCUUGUAAAUGCUCACAUGCACACAUACACAAUGCUAUGCAGACCUAUCAGGAGGAGCUACGUGAAAUCUUUGAAGGAAAUUUGAGAAAGAAAAAAGUUAAAAGUCCCUCCACUGAAGGGUUUUUGGUAUUUAACAUUUUCCUGAUAUAUUGUUGGACAUUUUUAAUUAAGUACUAACGUUGAAAAAGAAAAAUGAAUUAACUGUGUGAGAAGUACAAAAAAAAAAAGAAUAUAUUUGAUGAUAGUUUUAAUAUACAAUUUAGAUGAAAUCAGAUAUUAAUACAUAUGAAUAUAUUACUAGUGACAAGUGAUGUUUUUUUACACAUUGGAAGACGCAUUCUCAGAUAAUUUUUAACUGUAAUUUUCUAUACUUUUAUUUUUGUAAAGAAUGAGAUGCAUGUAGAAUUUUUUUUAUAACCAAAGGAACACUAAUAUUUGCAUUGCAUGUAGGGAGCGCUUGGGCCUGAGUAUCCUCGGUGUACAUAAGCUUUGCAAAACAAAAACUAUAUAAAAGCGAGCAAGAGGUGCCUGUAACGUGACUUUAAAAGUUGAAAGGGGCAAAUACUUGACAGUUUUAAAGAAUAUUUCCAGUCGCCUGCCUCGCGCUUCUUGCUUUCAUUUUUUCUUUGAAUCCAAGUAAAAAACUGCAUCAGAAAAGAAUUAUUUCAUCUCAAAACGAGGCUCAUGCAACUAUUAAGUCUCAGGAAAAACAGCACUUCCGUACAGUCCUAAUCAGACACCGGCAAAAACAAAACAAAAAAAAAAACUAUUUUGCACAAUUUCUCUGUUACGACAGACUGGAAACUAACACGCCACAGCUUUGCUUUGUUUCCCUGCAUCUCAAAUUUAAAUUCACUUUAUAAAUUUUAAUAAUUUUUAGCUGUCCAGCCAUGUAUAUCAGAGCUAGCCUGUCCUGUGGGUUGUUUUAUUUUGCUGCCAAUAUUUAAAACACUAUAGCAUGAUGUUACUCUUUAGCAAGGCUUUAUUUUGUCAUCUCUCCCUGCCCCUUUAUUAAAAUUUUGUGGUUUUUUUGUAUUUAAUUUUCAGAAAUAUCCCUGCAGUUUAAUAUCCAUCAUUUCGCUGUCGCUGUUUGAAUAUGUUAGCCUAUGACGUGUAUAAUGCACUCUUCUUUGUUUCUUUUUUCCACCCCAUAUAUACUUCCUUUUUAUUUUUAGUUUUGUUUUGUUUUUUUAAUGGUGCUAGAUGUCAUAUCUUUUGUGACGGUAUCCUGGAGUACGCCGUGAUACAAGGGGUGCAUAUCGGGGAAUUGUCUGUAUCCGGCACAAGGAUAAUAAUUUGGUGUUGUGGUGUAAGUUAGCAUACAAUCAACGGAGCCCCUAAAGUGCCAUGCGAGGAUAUUGUGUGCACACAAGUUAUUUACCUCAUGUACAAGGUAUUUACCUGCUGUAUAAGUUAUUUACCUUGUGCAGGAGUUGUUUACCUCGUGCGGACAAGAUAUUUAUAUUUUGCAGACAAGAUUAAAAAAACAAACAAACAAAAAAAAAAAAAAAAAAAAAAACUUUGCAGGACUCUAGGGGCUCUAUAUCCCUCUUUACUAGUUUUAUGUUUUCAUAUGUAAUCCAGUCACCCCCAUCGACCCAACCUGGUCUCUUAAAUCUAAAAGCAGACGACCAAAAGACUGGUCUAAACUUAUUUUUGAAGUUAUGCACUGAACCCCCCCCCGUGUUGUUUUUUUUUUUUUUUUUACGUUGGUCCCGCUGUUGGGGAAAUGUUAGUAACAGCUGACUAAAGGAGCAGCAGCUGGUUGGUGAGAAUCUACUUUGAUGUCUCUAGUUUACUGUUGCCUCCUUGAAGCAGUCUGGUGUGGUGUUCUCGUGUAACUCCUCUUUUGUAAGAACAACUAGCUGCAUAUUUGUUUCUUCAGUUUUCUUUAAGUAGCAGUUAGUUCCUGUAUGUUGCUACAUUUUAAAUUGCCCCUAUACAGUAUUUUAGUAUUCAGCAAAAGUUGGGGUUUUUUUCCAUAGGGAAGGGUGGGAAGUUGUGCAUAAGCCAAUUAUGUUUAUGAUUUUUAAUCAUGUUGAUAGGUUUUUUUUCUCUCACUCUGUGCUCCCCUCUUUAUUUUUUUUCUCUACACAUUGAUGACAAACAGUUCUGAACAGCAAAAAUCAAUUCAAUAAACUGUUUAACCCAC